AGACGCGUGGCUCAAGCAGAUGCCACCGCUGAGCUCGCGAAGCGCGGGUCGUUUCGCCGCGCCAUGGACAGCCCUCCAGCUGGGGCCUUUCAUGAAGAGCUAGGGGUGCCUCAGCGGCGCCGGGAUCUUUUCCAUCUCCGGGUCCGCGACAACGCGGGGAAGGGCACCGUCCUGGAGGUCUCAACCACGGACACUGUCCGCGACGUCAAGGCGAGAUUGGAACAGUGCUGGGGAAGCCGAAUGAAGGACCAGCGCUUGAUUUACAAAGGCACCAUGAUGGUGGAUGAGCGAUCUUUGGGCUCCUACGACUUGGAGACUGGCUCGGUGGUUGUCUUCGCCCCGCAGCUGCGGCUCCGGCACGGCAGCGGCAUCAACGGAGGGGUGGCCUGGAACAAGAGCCGUGGCCCAGGAGAGGCUAUGCCCUAUGACGCGCCUCGAGGCUUCCUGAUGGUGCCUGGCGUAGACAACUGGAGGCCUGACCUGGCCGGCAAGACCAACGUGCACGAGGCUGACCUCUUCUUCGACAGCAAGAAGGCGCCAGCGCCUUGGGAGAUCCAGUCCCGAGAGCUCAAGGCGGGGCCACGCAAGGCCCCGGUCUGUGCGUAACUGACGGGCGUGCUUUAGUUUCCUACGAUUUCGCCGGGGCGAUGCCAACGCAACGACCCGGUUCCGUGGAUGAAAUUGUCCACAGCCUGGCGUCCAACAAAUGUUGGAGGAGUCUGGACCGAGAGGAAAAGGACACAAGGCAAUAG